AUCACCGACCCAAAGCGUCCGAGUCUUUAGCGCCGUUGACUUAAAAUAGUCGUGUCGCAUACGACCCACCGUUAUUCUUCGGCUGUACGGAUUUCGCGUGACUGCGUAAAAGCUGGACGCGUAUUAGCGUAUCUAUAUGGUACAAUAAAUAAUAUCUCAUCGCGAUCACCGCAAUACUGCUACACGUAGAGACGACCGCAAUAAUAUCAGUCAAAUAUCGUCUACAUAACGACUGCAGUAAAAAUAUUAAUUAUCAUUAUAAUAAUUAUUAUCGUUAUUAUUAUUAUAGUUAUUGUUAUUACGAACGUACGCGGUCUCAGUCUCGAAAAACCUUCCGUCGUCACACGAAAAACAAUAACGCGAUUGUAGCAUACAUGGUUAAGAUGAACGAUAAGUACAUCGUAUUCGGUUGGUUUGUUGUCAUUUGGACGGUGGAAUCCUUCAUCUCACCGAAUAUUUUCGUUCACUCCGCCGACGGACCGGGCGAAUACCCGUACACAGAUCUAUGUUUUCGGGACGACCCAAAAAUAGACGUUUGCAUCCGCAAAAGAAUUAACGACGUGGUCGAAGAAUUUCAUAAAGGUAGUGACGAAUUUGGCUUACGUGAAUUUGAUCCAUUGCCCUUAGACAAUCCGUUAAAUUUUGAACAUAAUGCUCGAUUGAUUGGUGGAAAAAUUUCAGUAAAGAACAUGAUGACUGAAGGUUUAACAACAGUUAAAUUGUUAUCGCUCAGAUCAAAACUUCAAAACCCAAAUAAAAUGGAAGUGGGAUUCACUGCAAACUUCAAAAACUUAUUAAGCUCCGGUCAAUAUCAGUUCAAAGGAUAUUUGGGACGUAUGCCGAUAAACACCAACGGCCGAUACAACAUAACAUUCAAGAACGUUGAGACAAGUUACGUGUUGAAGGCUAAGCUGAAAGAAAUGAAAAACAGCACGUUCGUACAGCUCGAAAGUUUUCGCUCGAAUCCGCCGAAAUUCGGCGAAACUAAAAUCUUCGCCAGUGAUCUGGUGCCGGGAAACGCGGUGUUGAAUCGAAUAGCGUUAAGGUUUGCAAAUCAGUACGCGAUACAAAUAACUGACGAACUUUAUCCGGCCGUGGGACCUGUACUCGACAACAUUCAAAUGGACAUGUGCAACAAGAUGUUGUUAAUGUAUCCCUUCGAUGUUUUGCUUCCACCCACCAGAACGCAUUGAUGAUACAAUAAGGACUGUAAAUUUGUAGAAAACUAAAUUUUUUUUUUUGCUUUAGAGUAAAACUUAGGUUUAUCAAUACAAAUUUUGAGUUAUGUAACAAUUAA